AUGCAAUGCGACAACGCUGGGAGCGGCAGGAAGGUGGAGACCUUCUUACUGUUUAUAAAUGAGAACAAAGAAAACAUUGACAAUAAUGAUAUAUCACGGCUUAGGCUUACCCAAGAUAGGGUAACACAUCAAGAAGUUACUGUAACAAGUGAAGCACAGAACAAGGUUUUUGAUGAAAAUGAGAUCGUGGAAUAUGACCAAUAUAAUGACAGUAUUGUUUGCAGUUUACUAUUAUUUUCAAGAAGAGACCCAAAGGCAUUGUCUACCAAAAGUAAACUAUCCUUCUGUGAAGAUCACUUCGAUCUUGAAAAUGACAUGGAGAAUUACAUACAAUAUAAGAUUAUGGGCUAUAUUAAACGAAUUCGAAUGAAACCAAACUGCAUACCAUCCAGAUUCGAUUGUCAGGUAGACAGAAAACGCAAGUUCACUCUGAAUUAUCCUCGACAUUCUUUUAUUAAACAGCAAAAAAUGUCUUCAAUUGAGGAGACUGAAGAGACAAUGGAUAAUGAGUUGAACCAUGUUAUAUCAUUACCAUCUUGUAAUCAAGAGAAUAUACUUGUUGAUCACAGAUAUACAUGUAACAAGCACUAUGACCACACAUACUGUAAAAUAAACAACAUUCAUCCUGCUCAAGACGGCCAGUUAGAGGACUGGUGA